GCCGAAUUUUGGCAAUUAGGUGUAGUGUCUUCUGUGAUCAACUGUUUGAAUAAUACUCAUUUGGUAAAAAAUGGCAAAAAUGUCGGUGUUUAUUUGCUCUCUCUACGUUUUAGUGUUGACGUCAUAUUCUAUGGCUAUGACAGAAGAGCAGAGGAACAUAAUAAAGCAGCACUUUCACGAAAUGGGCAUUAAGUGUAUCGGUGAUAACCCUAUAAGUGAAGAGGACAUCACGACCCUGAAAGCUAAGCAAGUGCCUACCGGGCCUAACGCGCCGUGUUUCAUAGCUUGUGUGCUCAAAUCCUCUGGUAUUAUGGAUGGCAACGGUAUGCUGCAGAAAGAAACAAUGCUUGAAAUGGCAAAGUCAGUGUUCAACGAUCCUGAGGAAUUGAAGAUGAUCGAGGAUUACCUGCAUUCUUGCUCUCACAUAAACAACGAGGCAGUAAGCGACGGAGAGAAGGGAUGCGAGCGUGCUAUACUCGCGCACAAGUGCAUGGUGGCAAACGCUGCUCAGUUUGGAUUCGACUUGUAAAAACUACGGAAGAAGGAGGAUUCACUCGUAACGACCGGUAUGAUCGUCAAAUGGAUUUUUGAUCAUAAAUUUAUCUGUCACUGUUAACAAAUUUUAUUAUACACUUUUAAAUUAGUAAAGGUACCUAUACUGUUGACAAAGUAUCUUUUUUUAGAAGCCCUACUAAUAAUUGAGUAGUACAGUCAGCAGCAGAAGUUGCUAAGCGGGUGAGGUGUUCAAAAUCAUCUUGACGCGACU